AUGCCCUUCUCCCAAGAGUGGCAUGGCCAACCACCGCUCUCCUACACGACCGAAAACCCUCCUCAGUUUAGUCGUCCUCUCGAAUUCCACCACCAGAGCUUCCCGGCUUCCGACGGGACAGGCACCCAUCAGUCGCCGCCGGGAGUCUCUUCGGUGGAAAACACCAGAGGGAUGACGACCCCAAGGACAACUGGAACCUCAGCUUCAGCUUCAACACCGGCAAAGGGAAAACGCGUACGGACCGGGUGCCUGACGUGCCGGGAGCGUCACCUCAAGUGCGAUGAGGCCUCGCCGGACUGCCUCAACUGCCGCAAGCGAGGCCGUGAAUGCAAACGAGGAGUACGUCUCAACUUUCUUGAAAUUAACCUCCACAGGCCUGCUGCUUCUAUGCCACCUCCCGAGGAGUGGGCAGUCGAGUUCCAAGACGAGUCUCGAGAUAUCGCCUCCGAGUACCAGGGUGGUCUCGGUCGCUAUGCCCCAUAUGAUCUGGGGCCUGAUAGUGUCGGCGAAAAAGAGGAUCCGAAGCCUCUAAAGACGGAAGAGGAGUAUCCAGAGCCGGGUCCGAAUGACAGGCCGGGCUCGCGGCGGCUCCACGAUUAUAUGGCUCCUGACGAUAGCACCCCGAGGGCUUCAGAGACAUCUUUGCUGCAGCAUCAUGAGGACAUGGCAAGGGCUGAAGCCAAUGAUGGUGGAGGAAUGAUAAGCGAUGUUUCCAAUAUUGCAACUCCCUCAUCGUCGACACAUUCCACCACAACCCCGCGGCCAGACUUUAACCAGGAGCAACUUGUGGCAGUAAGAAAACGGCCAUCCCCGCAUCAAGCAAGUAUUGAGACAGUCGAUUUGGAAAUGCCCCAGUUUGACAAGCCGUCACGCAUGGAGAGAGCACCCGUUGAGCAGGGCUUUCGUGAUAACCCUAUCCAGCCAUUCCCCAGCGAGAUGAGCGAGACCAUGGGGCGUGACAUCCUAACCUCGGCUGACGAGGUCUACUACAUGCAGAUCUUUGUCGAAGAGGUUGGUGUAUGGAUGGACUCGUUCAACAAGGACAAGCACUUUGGUAGAAACAUUCCGUACCACGCCCUCAAGUCGACCAUGCUUCUCAACGCCCUCCUGGCUUGUGGAGUCAAGCACAUCUCUCUCGUCUCACCAGAGAACCACGAUAAAGCCUUGUUCUACUACAACACGGCCACGACGCAGCUUCUCCGCAGUCUGCAGAACCCCGACCGGAACACGGCUGAGUGCGCCACCACGGCCAUUGUCCUCAACGUGUACGAGAUCAUGUGUGAGAAGCCCGCCCAGAGGAUGAGUCACAUCGCAGGUUCGCGGGCACUGGUACGAGAGUGUGGGUGGAAUGCUAGGAGCACUGGUAUUGGAUCAGCGUGUUUCUGGUUGAACAUAGGAACCGAAGUUCUCAACUGUCUUGCGGCCAACUGGCAAACGACGUGGAACCCUGAUGAAUGGGGUGUCGACUUUGAAGUUCCUGGUCAAGGGCCAGAGAGCGAGAUUGGGAAUGAACAGGCGUGGGUGCACCGCAUCCUCUACAUCGUGGCCAAGGUUGCCAACUUUCGAGCGACAAGGGCUAAGCCUGAGGACAUGGACCCGAGGGAUGAACAGAUCUGGUUGGGGAACCGCAUGUCCCAGUGGCACGAACUGAAGAGGCUGUGCGAUGACUGGAACAACAGUUGUCCUAGGACGAUGCAUCCGUUUGGCUAUGUGAAGCAGUCCAAGUCAACCGCAAAGUCGGCAUUCCCUCGUAUAUGGUAA